GGGCACAGACAGUUUGGCUCUGGCCUUUGUGUGGUGUGGAUGUUGUGGGCUUGAUCUCCCGCCGCGCUGACUGACAUAGGGGAGACCGCGAACACCUGUUGGGCGGAAGAAUUAUUCCCCUGGUUUCAAGAGAGACUCCUGCAGUAUCUGUGGGUCUCGGCUGGUGACCCCUGAGAACACCGAAGGAGACAGAGAUGCAAGAGAAAGAAAGAUAUUACUUGAGAGAGGUGCGCUGAGAAACGAGGUAAAAACAUUCUUCUCUCGGGCGAUGAUUUCCCUCUGGAAAACAGCAUAAAGUUAUAAUGAAGUCAGGGAAUUCAGUCCAAAUACCCUCCGAUAUGGACGCCGCAAUCAGUCACCCUCUGAAGAUGUGGAUAUGAUCGCCUCAGAAACACCAGAUCAAAAAUGCUCUUCAGGUUGGCGUUGUUGGUAGUUUUCAUGGCGGGCUUCAUCAGUCGUUCCCUGUCCUCGCAUUACACCCUGCCCGUCACCGUCCCCCUCAGGUUUGAAUUACCUGGAAGCUUCAUUGACGUGAGACCACGGAACGCCAACAGGAAUGGCACUGCUCGCACGAACAACCACCUACCGGCUGAGGUUGAGGUCGAGGAUACAAGCGACCAUUUGUUGGCGGGCAACGAUGACGAUUCUAACGGAAAGAAGAAGACACACAAACGGAUUUUCUUUGAUGAUGACGACGAAGACGAAUACGAUUCACUUCUGAUGAAUUACGAAGGGUACGCGGGGGCGUCCAAAUGGCACCAGAACAGCAACGUGAGGAGGAACCGAAAUUACAACAGGGCGAACUCCACCUCUCGUCAUUCCCCCAAGAAGAACAACUGGACCAACGUCAGACGAAUCCAUAACAAAGGAGGCAGGGCGCCCAAGUAUCCCACCAACAGGAAAUCCAAUGCUCCCAACAGACCAAUGGGGGGUAGACCAGCUGGAGGCCGCUACAGAUCUGUUGAUCCACGACAGAAAAAGGUCCAGAGACACAUUUUACGAUUUCACAACAUCCUGAGGUCACACGUCGAGCCCCCUGCGGCUGACAUGCUCGCUGUGGGAUGGUACGAAACAGCAGCUGAACAAGCCCAGGCAUGGGCGGAGCAGUGCGGUACCCAUACGAACUAUGAUCAUCCAAGCGUUAGAUGGACAUCUCGCUACGGGGCUUGUGGCCAGAAUGUGCUGGUGGCUUCAAGGAAGCGACGAUGGAGCUACGUGCUACGUCGCUGGUGGAGCGGAAAACGUUAUUUUGAAUUCGGUGGCGACACUAACAACUCGAGCAUUGUUGCUGCGUACACGCAGAUGGCCUGGUACAACUCCCACCAGGUCGGCUGUGGAUUUGCGGAGUGCACCACAACAGCUGGUACUACUUUCUUCAGAUAUGUCUGCAACUACUGCCCUUCAGGCAACGACCCUCGUCGCAUCAGCCGCCCUUAUACCCAAGGCCAAACCUGCAGGAGAUGCCCCAAUUCUUGCAGGUCGAUGUGCAGCAAAGGACAGUGCAAAUUAUGUACAAACGCUUGCACAUACUCCGAUUUGUGGGUAAAUUGCGCCAUGCUAGAUAAAAAGUGGCACGAAUGGCUUUGUAACACAAAAACGACGAAGGGAGUCGAAAGGUUCAAAAACUGCCGUGCGACUUGCCAGUGCCUGAAGCGAAUCACUUGAGCGAAGCUUUCGAGGAUCUCGAGGGCACUUUAGGGUCUCCAAACAGCAUCGUCAAUCUAUCCUCUAACCUGACACUGUGAGUGAUUUGUGAUCAGUCUGUUUCCUAAUCUGACACUACAGAUGAUAAGUGAUAAAUCUGUCCUCGUAACUGACGCUGAGAAUGAUUGGUGAAAAGAUUUUCUACGUGCCAUACCGUGAAAGUACUAUAUAUCCCAAAUCUUGACUGUCAGCGCAAGGGGGAGAACCCUAUAGUGAUUUUGAAGGAAAAAGUACAAAACAAGCGACGAUGAAUUGUCUGAACAAACACUGUCAUGUGCGUUUAGUUCUUUCAAAAUUUAUGUGGUUGUAAAUAUAUCGCCCAUAAUGAUUUCAGACAAUAUACUUAAUCCUUCCACACAAAGGGGAAAGACACGACGGCCACUCGGAUUUGUCCGUAUCAUCUCGCUUUUAAACAGUGUUACCAGAUCAUACAAUUCAAGGCAGGCAGUAGCCACAGGCUGGCGAACCUAUGAUUUUUUUUUAUAGGUCCUAGACCACACUAGAGCCAUACACAGGAGCAACGUCACUGACCUCUGUUUCAUCAUAGGCUGGGCAUAUGCCGCCUUUUUGUAAAUACACACACUAGCGCCUCUAGUAGCCGGGUGCGCUAGACAGCAUGAAAAUCAUGACGCUUGCAUGGACAGCUACAGGAAAAAAUGCAGUAGCGGCCCUAUUUCUGUACGGAUUUAGAAAAAAAAAAUGGUCAUGAUCAUAAGAGUUAGUCGCAUUUUAAUACUUAGUCAGAUCUUUCACCCUAACUAAAAUAAAAUUUGUAGAUGCCAGUUUACAUGACCUUCCCACUUCCCCAUUAUACUGACAGCUGAAGAAAAAUGCUAUAGCUGCCUUAUUUCUGUACAGAUUUAAAAAAGAAAAAACUGUCAUGAUAAGCAGAAUCAGCCACAUUUCAAUACUUAGAUCUUUCACCCGAGCUAAAAUAAAUUUUGUAAAUGCCUGUUUACAUGCAAUAGCGGCCCUAUUUUUGAACGGAUUUAAAAAAAAAGGAAAAAAAAAAAAAAAAAAACAACAUAUGAUCAGCAGAGUCUGCCGCAUUUUAAUACUUUGAUCUUCCACCCUAACUAAAAUUAAUUUUGUGAAUGGCAGUUUACAUGCCCUUCACCAUUACACAUGCAUUUUGUCAGUAUGCUUACAACAGUUCUAUGGUGUAUUACCUACUUACAAUAUUCCCUUUGUGUAAAAUAAAACAACGAUGCAUAUGUGUGACAAAACGGAAUAUAUAGUUUUAUUAUUUUUUCAAUACAGCUAAUGGGCAAAAACCAAUUAACUGACCAUGAUAGAUAUUUGCAAAUUAAAAAAUAAACCUAUAAACUUUAGAACAUUAUACUGUAUAACAGCUAGUUCAAAUACUUAUUUUUUUCAUAAUUCAAGUACACGGAUUAAAGUAGGAUAUAUUGUUAAUUAUUACUUUCUAAAUUACUCAUUCGGAUCAACCUGGUAGACCAUAAUGCUGAGGGUCAGACCUUGAACCUGUGGAGGUGACAGUCUACACUUGAAAUGUCUCCCGAACAAGACACUGAUAUUGAGGCUACUGGUAUAAAUAGUAAUCUAGUACAUGUAUAUUAUCAUAAGACCUUGGAUUGGCUGUAUCAUUCAUUGUUUAACCAUAUUGCUAAGUCAGACAUUGACAGGAUUGGUUAUAUCAUUCAUUGUUUAACCAUAUGCUAAGUCAGACAUUGACAAUUUGACAGGGGUCAGCUGAGUCACCUGUGACUGUACAGCGUGGCAUAUAUUCUAGAUCUACAUUGAGUUUAGAAUCAUAACUCACCUUUCUUUUUCAUUGGAAAUCUGAAGAAACUUAGAUUCUUUCUCUGCAAACGGUUAUUACUGCAGCCAUAGGCCGAACAAAAUGAUCCUUGAGACUUUUUUGUGCGAUAGUUUACACAUGUCAACAGAGCAGAGGCCACAUGUCAACAGGCACACCCAACUACUAUUAAGCGCCACUGGUUCAAUUAUAAAAUGGCGGCACCUGGAGUGACGUUGCUCCUGUGUAUGGCUCUGACCCUUGGAUAUUCCUCCAAGCUCUGACCGCACUCGUGAUCGCCGUCCACCCACAAAAUCGGUAUCAGUGUCUGCCUGCCGUGCAUUUGCCCCUUGUGUGGAAGGCGCUUAAGACAACAAAAUCUUUACAAAGUCGACCUAUUGUAUGCGACGCUGAUGAAUUGAAAAUAUUUGUUGAUUCUGCUGUUGCUUGAUGUGAAAUGGAUUAAGCUCUGUUUUUUCUUAUCAAUACUGUACUUGUAUUUAUUGAAGUCAGUCUUCGGUCUCCUUCUCGGGCCUUACCAUUUAAUUGCGUAAAGAUGAUCCAAGGCCAUUUUUUCCCAGAUGUAGCAUGCUUCACUGUGUGGGAGAAUGUACAUGGGUCGUUGUUUGUAUCAUAUUCUUUUCGUUAAAAAUGCUUUUGUUUAACUGUAGGUACUCACAUAAAUGAAAAGGAUGGUUACCGAUUGUUUCAGAAACGUCCACAAAAUUCGAAUGUCAACGAUGACAUAAAUAAAACGGUCCCGCUGAUAUUCUUGCAUCAAUUUGGGGCCGAGUGGUGCUUCUUCCUUUUUUUACUUUAUAAAAGUGAAAUUUUGAAACACUUGUAGGAAAUUAAUUGUCGCUGUUGAGACAACAAAAUGAUCGAAGUGAAAGGAAUUUAUUUAUACCAGAACGUUCCCAAGUUAGUCAUUACAAUCUUUUCGAUCAUGAAAAUAAGACAAUUUUCGAUCACUUGUUUUUUGAACAAAAAAUAAUAACAAAUCGUGAACAAAUAUAUACGAUAAACUUCUUCACGCAAGAAACAGCAACCGAACAUCUUGAUCUGCAGAAGCACUGGAAAGCUGCAACAGUCAUUUGACCAUUCAUAAUUCCAGUUUUCAACUGGAACGUGUGUGAUUCCAGUCUUCACCGUCACUGUCUCGGCACAAACAUCUCCUUCCCUAGCUAUAUCACUCUGGCAUCUAUCUUUGUUUCAUGUAGAAGCCAUAGAAGCAUAUUAUAUAGCACAAUAGUUCAGAAUCUUGUGAACGUAAACUAAGCACACUAUAUGAAUUAUGUGCCUACAGAACAUCUGUAGUUUUUAACUUGUCACGUUAUAGUGACUCAACUGUGUAGCUUUAAUAUAGUUGUUGCAAUUGA